CGGUGUGUGCGUGUCUGCGAAGCAGCGGGGUGCAACCAAUCGCUCGCGCUGUGGUUUCGCAUCGGUGGAUAACCGGCGUCCCAUUGUUCUCGCGAUAAGGAAACUAUCGUCAGGAUCGAGUCUUGUUCCGCCCCGGGUUCGUUUUCCUCUUUCCAUGCGUCGUUCGCAUCGUCAGCGGCUUCAUCGCUCGUUCAUGAUUGCGGGAUUGUAGGAGCCAUGGAGGCUGUAGACGAGCACCGUUUAAUUGAGCCGACGGGUGAUGAAGAGGUGGAAGUGGCGUUCUCUGGGGGGCCAGUCGGCCGUGAGGGUCGGGACUUGGGUGGCACCGUGGUGGCGAGUGGCCGUGGCCGGGCCCCGUCUUGGGGUGGCGAGGGUGGUGAGGAAGAGGAGGAGGAGGAGCUCAAGUACGGUGCCAAGCACGUCAUCAAGCUGUUUGUGCCUGUGUCGCUGUGCAUGCUCGUUGUGGUGGCCACCAUCAGCUCCAUCAACUUCUACCGGCACACCAACACCUACCUGGUGUACACGCCGUUCACCGACCAGACGGUGGACACCGGCACCAAGGUGUGGCAGUCCUUCGCCAACGCCUUCAUCCUCAUGGGUGUCAUUGUGGUCAUGACCAUUCUGCUCAUUGUCUUGUACAAGUUCCGCUGCUACAAGGUAAUUCACGGAUGGCUCAUUCUUUCCUCGCUCCUCCUGGUCUUUCUCUUCGCUUACAUAUUUCUGGGAGAGGUGCUGCGGGCGUACAAUGUGCCUAUGGACUACCCGACGGUGGUUUUUGCCAUGUGGAACUUUGGCGUGGUCGGCAUGAUCUCCAUCCACUGGAAGGGACCCCUGCUCCUGCAGCAGGCCUACCUCAUUCUCGUCUCGGCGCUCAUGGCGCUCGUAUUCAUCAAGUACCUCCCCGACUGGACCGCCUGGGUUGUCCUCGGAGUCAUCUCCGUGUGGGACUUGAUUGCCGUGCUGUGCCCCAAGGGGCCCCUGCGGAUCCUCGUUGAGACGGCUCAGGAGCGCAACGAGCCCAUCUUCCCCGCACUCAUCUACUCCUCGGCCAUGGCAUGGUGUGUGGUGACAAUGGCCGACCGAGACCCCUUCUACACCAACCAGAACCAGCUAGGUGCGCAAAGUGACACCUCAUCAGCGUCAACUGACAGCCCCGGCCAGCGUGCAGAAGGCGGAGAUGCCGAUCCCUCUGUGGAAGUCGAGCAGCCCCGGAUGCGUGGAGAGAGGACGCGGCGGCGCUCUCAGCGUGGCAGCACUGUCGUCAACAGUGGCACGCUGGCAGGUGCCACUGACAACGCUAGCGACCUCCCCCACCAGGAAGAAGAAGAGAGAGGAGUCAAACUCGGCCUGGGCGACUUCAUCUUUUACAGCGUCUUGGUGGGGAAGGCAUCCUCUUACGGUGACUGGAACACGACUGUCGCCUGCUUUGUGGCCAUCCUCAUUGGUCUGUGCCUAACCCUCCUCCUGCUGGCCAUAUUCAAGAAGGCACUUCCGGCUCUGCCGAUCUCGAUCACGUUUGGCCUCAUCUUCUACUUCGCCACGUCGUCGCUCGUCCAGCCGUUCGCCGACAGCCUAGCGAGCGAACAAGUCUUCAUAUGAACGUGUCUCCGCCACGAAAGUGACGUUGCACGAGGAAGUUAUGGCAACGACGAAUCACAUUCGCACUGCGAAUGGCCUUCCGUUUGAAAGUGUGUUGUUUUUGUGUCGUAUGAAAACGCUAUCAAGUCAUGUGCUGUGCAACAUCAUCGGUAGUCUUAUAUUUAUAGAACGCCGCACAAUUUUUCAGACGGUCGAGUUGACAGCUUGCUGUGAUGCGGUGUGCCGCACGAGAGGCCACCGUGCUCCGGGAAGAUAUACAGACUGGACUGUCAACUGUACCUUCGUUGUUCCUGGACUUCCAGUGUACUUUUUUUUUAUUCGUUCCAUGUUCUUCCAUUGCCUCCCUCCUAAAAGGAUGCUUUUAAUGAAGUGACACUUAUUUAUACAAUUCUACACAGUUCACUUUUUUCUACUUGUUUGAUUAGCCUGCACUUCUUACAGCAAAGCUUUCUUGUUCUCCCAAAUUCAAAGCGCUUCUUCAUUGGUACGUGGCCUCGAACACUGUAUCUUACAGAACGGUCAUUUCUUACAAUUGUAAAUGGUGCAGCAAAGUGGCACUAGUUUACCAGUGCAAACAUGUGUGCAAAGUGGUGCUACUGCUUCGAGUAUGUGAGCGGUGCUCAAACUGGUGGCUUGGGAAUGAUGCAGCAAAUGAGUGCUGUAGUUUACGAGCUCAAAAAAGUACUAACACAAUGUGGCGCUCUCAUUUUGAGUGUCAAAACUAGAACAAGCGCCGUCAGGUGCACAUUGCUGACGUCAACUUCAGCAUUGAAGUGCAGUGUUUGCCUAAACUGGCGUCCCUAAAGUGCAGGCAUAUGGAACGGAAUAUUUAAUGCAUCACCGGCUCGGUGCAGCGAAUGUUACUUAUUAUGUCUCGUCACCAAAGACGCCCAGAAAUAAAUUGUCUAUUUCAUCGGUCA